AACGACCAAAGUCCACGGAACAGCGUGUUGAUGAGGUUGUCUGCCAUUGAAUCCACCCUGAUUCGUGCACGCAGUAUUGUCAUAGCAUGAAUCCAUGUAAUGUCGUCAUCAGGAAGAUCCUACUAAGUCACAGGAGACUAUUUUUAGAUGGGGGACUUUUGGGGAGGAGAUCUGCGUUGUUCUCAAACGGUGGUAGAGCUGUUGGUGCCCCAGUCUUGGCAUCGGGUCACCACAGUGUACCCUGCUUCACCUCGCACCUCAUUAGAUGCUGUAGACCCAUAAAUCCCAACAGAAUGAGUGCUCCCAUUCCAAUAGUCCGAAAGGGUAUCACCCUCGCCCCAUUCUCCUUGGCCUCCUUCAGUUGUUCAGCUGAUCGUCCCUUUACUCCAUCCCCUCUCCCAUCUCCCAUGCCCUCCCCUCCAUCUUCUCCUCCUGCCCCAAACUCUCCCUCAGGUCUAUUACAGGCAGCAAAAGAUACUCUACACCGUGCUGUGUCAAAACGUGGAUCGAAGAAUAGCGUCCUGACCAUUGAUGAAGAUAUGCGUGAAAUGUGUUACUUUUACUCCCAGCUGGGGUCAGAUGAACGCUCAGAUUUUCUGAUCUAUAUGGCAACAUCACUUUCUAUCGAUCAUAAUAAUGUUCAAGAACUGAUUCAGCAAAGACCACAGGAAGGGACCAGUGAUGCUGACCUGGAUGCCCACUUAAUGCGUUGGGAGGACCGACUAAGGCAAGCUCUGCAGCCACCACAUCACUGGGUGGCAUCUCAAGUGUCACGGCUCUCAGGAGGUGUCAAGUUCCUUGUUGAUAUGCGCCAAGAUUUGCUUACAACACUUUACACUUCUUCCUCUGACCCAACUCACUCAGCUGCUCUUAAGACUCUUGAUUCAACACUGCGAGAAUUGCUCUCACUCUGGUUCACUGUUGGCCUUCUAAAUGUACAGCGAAUCACUUGGGAAUCCUCCUGUAAUAUGCUGCAAAAGGUCUCUGAGUAUGAGGCUGUACAUCCUGUCCGCAACUGGACAGAUCUGAAACGUCGUGUUGGACCAUAUCGCAGGUGUUUCAUAUUCACCCACUCCUGCAUGCCUAAUGAGCCUCUGGUUGUCCUUCAUAUCUUCUUAACUAAUGAAAUAUCAAAUUCAAUGGCAAAGAUAUUGAAAACCUCAAGAGCUCCUUCUUAUGAUGAAAAUAGCUUAAGCAAAGAUACUGAGGAUGUCUCAGCUAUCAGUACUGCCAUUUUUUACUCAAUCACAUCAACACAGAAGGGUUUGCAGGGCAUCGAAUUGGGCAAUUAUCUAAUCAAGAGAGUUGUUCGGGAACUAAAGGCAGAGUUCCCACACAUGACACAAUUCUCCAGUUUGUCACCAAUACCUGGUUUUGUUAAAUGGCUAACUGGGAUGAUGGCUCGAGCACAAAGAGAUGAGCUGAGCAUAUUUACGGCAACUGAAGUAAAUGCUCUUCAACUCCAUUUGGACGUGAGUUCCUCAUCUCAGGUAUAUGACCGAUUGCGCAAAUUAUUCACAACGAAUGGCUGGGUGGAAGAACCUGAUUUAGUGAAUUGCUUGGAAACACCAUUGAUGAGACUCUGUGCUUAUUAUCUCUAUAAUGAAAAGAGACGAGGGUAUGCACUAGAUAGUGUAGCAAAUUUCCAUCUAAAAAAUGGGGCAGUUAUGUGGCGAAUUAAUUGGCUUGCUGACCGUUCUCCUCGUGGUUUAGCCAACUCUUGUGGUAUCAUGGUCAACUACAGGUAUUUUCUUGAAGACUGUGAGAACAACAGCAGAACAUACUUGGAGACCUUAAAAAUCCACACGACAGAUGAUGUCAUGUUCUUGUCCAAGACAGCAGCAGACCUCAUGAAGCCAAGCCCAGUGAGUCCAGCCAAGUCACCACCGAUCAUACCAUGUAGCCCACCUCCAGUUAUAACCAUCACACCUGAAUCCAAGAUAUGAUGGAAUUGUUGAAUUAUCAAUUCUCUCUUAUUAUAUUUAUUUAAUAUUCAUUUAAGUAAUUUAUUUAUAAAGCUCCAAGUGUGUUUACUAACUGAUAACAAUGUCCAAAUCAUGGUGCAAGGAAUUAUUUCCAGAAUCAGAAUGCUGUUUGCAGGGUGAAAUAUGAAGAUAUUUGUAUUAAACCCACAGUUGGUUUUAGGAAUGUGCUUACUCAUUCCAUUUCUAAAUGUGUAUGUUAUACGGCUGUUUUCAUUGUUUGUGAAGGAGCCCUUUCCAUUCAUUUAAGUUUGUGGACAAAAUGAGAACUUGUAUGUAUGGGCACUGCAGUGGAGUGAUAUGUCUGGGAUGUAAUUGUGUGAGUUACACAUGGUACAUGUUUUGUAUAGUAUAGGUAUUUCUGCUUGUUAGUGUCUAUGUGUUUCUGUAUAAUAUGCAGUGGAUGUAAAUGACAAAUAUAUAUGACAAUUCAGAGCAAAAUGCAUCUCCAUUUCUAUUCUAUAUUCAGUGUAGAACUACCAUCUACUAUCUUCAGUGAGCAACUUAAAGAAAAGUGUUGAGCCUUUAAUACUAGCUGGAACAAGAUUUUUUCAAUAGCUUGCUAUUCCUAACCAGAAUUUGUAUGUGCCAUAGUUUAUGUAUGGAUGUUGUAUUGUAGAAACUGAAUCAUUGUCUUGGGUAGAUACACCUUAUAUUCUUAUGCUUGUGUUGUGUUAAAAGCAUGAUUGGACAAAAAAUUACCUGUUUGGUAUUAUUUUUGCAUCUACAUUGUGGAAUGUUCCAUGCAUUGCUUUGGCUUUGGUCUCUUGUUUUGUAGUAUGUAUAUAUGUGACACAUGCAAAGUUUGCAGUAUUCACAGAGUUUUAUUGUAAAUUUGUGGAGUGUGUACUUAACCCACUAACAACGGGUGUCCCACAUAUGAGACACCCGAAAAAAUAAACAUUGCCGGGCGUCCUGCCAGUGUGACACUGCAUCGAGGCUCGCACUCAGACGUAGCAGCGGGCCGCGGCAGGCAGGCGGGCAGAGUCCGGGGCAGCCCCGCCAGCCAAUUUUAUAGCCACCCGGAAUCUUUUAUUUUCGGCUUCAAAAUAUACCAGCAUUAAUAGGUUAAGGGGACAGAGUCAGUGGGAUCAAAAUUAGUGGUUGAAGUGUUUUGUUAUUUGUCAGGAAACUACCUAAUGCUUAUUAGGCCCUAUCUCAGAUGAUAUCAUAUUUGAACAGGGGAAUAAGCAAAAGCAAUUGACAGGAUUUUUGUGCUUGAUUAUUGAUUUAAGUAGAAAAAUAAACUGCACAAGAGAGAUGAAUGAGUGCCCAGUAUUGCUAAGUGCCCAUUCUUUCACUUGUAUGACUUGGACUUUGGAUUAGGUUAGGUAGCCAUUAGAGGGGGGGGGAGGGUCUGCUAAAAAGAGGAGGUUGUUAGGCAUUGGGGAAGGUUAAGGGCAAAGAAACUGGCUUAUGUGUGUGAAAUUGAUUAUGUGGAACAUAGUAACCUUUUUGUAAGGUUAUGUAGGUGGCAAUGGUGGAAAACUUCAGUGGCAUAGAUGAUGUGUUUUGUGGUGUUGUGCACUAACCAAUGAUCCAUUCUUACUGCAACAACCAACAGUGGAAAGGUGUAGGCCAGGGUAUAUAGAUCAAAACAAUUAUCAACGCCGGUGAAAAUGCUUUAACAGUUGAUUUCUCAAAAACAAAUUUUUCACAAUACAAAAAACUCUUGUCUCAAAGUCUUUGUCUGAUCUCAGUAAAGCAUUUUGCCUUGGAGAGUAGCU